AUGUCGUUGGCAAUAGAGAAUCAUUGUAAUAUUGACUAUGAAUGUCUUAAUAUGCUCAUCAAAGUAGCAGAAAAUUUGCAAAAAGAGUUUAAAUCAGUUGUAUUUAAAUUAGUUGGACAAAAAGAAAUCGUAGACGACUUGAGAAUAUUAACAAGUCAGCUUAAUAUUCAUAGCAAUUAUUUUAGAAAACAUAAUUACAAUGUUCUUAAACCUGUCGAAAAUUACCUUUUUAAACAAGAUUAUUUCGUUUUUGAAAGGAUAACGCCGUUGCUUAAGUUUAAAUAUAAUAGAGGAGCUGCUAACGAAAUUAUAAAGUAUUUUAAUAAUUAUGCUCAUAAAGAGAAUAUUGAAUAUAAAAAGCGUUUGACACAAUUACUAUUAUUAACUGGCUCCGACCGUAAAAUAGUAAAAACUUAUUUCAUAAGUAGGAAUAACAAAAACAGCAAUAGCAAAUAUUUACCUAAUUCAAUUUGA